AUGUGGCUCAACACGAAGACCCGCACAGAGAAAGACCCGCACAGAGAAAGACCCGCACAGAGAAAGACCCGCACAGAGAAAGACCCGCACAGAGAAAGACCCGCACAGAGAAAGACCCGCACAGAGAAAGACCCGCACAGAGAAACAGAAGCUCAGCAGCAGUUUGAGAAUGAGUCGCCUUCGCUCACCGCGACUCCAGCCCAGGCCACUCCAGGCUGCUCCUGUCCGACAGACGCACGGCUUCUCUGCCCGUCCCAGAACAUGGGGAACCUCCUGAAAGUGUUGACGUGCACAGACCUGGAGCAGGAGCCCAAUUUCUUCCUGGACUUUGAAAACGCCCAGCCCACGGAUGCGGAGCGCGAGGUGUGGGAGCAGGUGGACGCGGUUCUCCGAGACGCCAAGGGGAUCCUAGACGAGCUCCAGGCGUACAACGGGGCCGGACAGGAGAUCAGAGAGGCCAUACAGAAUCCCACUGACGAGGCGCUGCAGGAGCAGGCGUGGGCCGCUGUGGUUCCUCUCGUCUGGAAACUGAAGAAAUUCUAUGAGUUUUCCCAGAGAUUAGAGGCGGCGCUGCACAGCCUCCUGGGAGCUCUGACCAGCGAGACCUACGACGACCCCACUCAGCACUUGGAGCGGGAGCAGGCGCUGGCAAAGCAGUUCGCCGAGAUCCUGCACUUCACUCUGCGCUUCGACGAGCUCAAAAUGACGAACCCUGCCAUUCAGAACGACUUCAGCUACUACAGGAGAACGCUGAGUCGAAUGCGAAUCAACAAUGUCCCGGCUGAAGGAGAGAACGAGGUCAACAACGAGCUGGCCAAUCGGAUAUCUCUGUUCUACGCUGACGCCACGCCCAUGCUGAAGACCAUGAGCGACGGCACCACCAAGUUUGUCUCCGAGAACAAGAACCUUCCUAUUGAGAACACAACAGACGUCUUAAGCACGAUGGCCAGUGUGUGUAAAGUCAUGCUGGAAACGCCCGAGUACCGGAGUCGAUUCAGCAGCGAUGAGACGGUCUCCUUCUGUCUGCGGGUCAUGGUGGGAGUCAUCAUCCUCUACGACUACGUGCAUCCGGUCGGAGCGUUCGCAAAGUCGUCAAAAAUCGAUAUGAAAGGCUGCAUCAAAGUCCUCAGAGAGCAGCCGCCGAACAGUGUGGAAGGCCUUCUCAACGCUCUCAGGUACACGACCAAACAUCUAAACGACGAAUCCACCAACAAGACCAUCAAGAGCAUGCUGCAGUAG